CAAAAAUGAGGAGCCCGUGCGCCUCCCCGCAGCAUUCGGCCCUCGCCCCCUCCCUCCCGCGACCAUGGCCAUCCCUCCCCUCGCCGUCAGCGGGGUCGCCGUCGCAACCCUCGCCGUCCUCGGCCUCGCCGUCUUCGCCUGCAGGCGGUGGCGCCGGGGGUGCACGCCCUCCGCGCCUCCGCCUCCCGCUCCCUCAUCCUCCUCCUCCCAGGAUGAUGAUAUUAACAGGCCUCUCAUAUCUGACAAAUUGGAUGAGUAUUCAGGAUCAAGCAAUGAACUGUGCAGCAGUACUGUUGACGAAUCAGGAAUUCAGAUAGAUAGGAGAAUCACUUCACCUAGGACUCAUGGUAUUGCUGAAAAAGGGGCAACCUAUCCCACUGAAUCGCAUAUUAUUGAAGGAGGAAUUCAUGUAAUUGAUGUUACAAACAGUAAAACGGAAGAUCUCAAUUUGGGAGAUACGCUUAAGCGUACAGCUGUGGCAAAUGGUCCAACACCUGAUGUGAAGCACAUAAGAAGGGAUUCUGGAGAGAAUAUUCAUACUGGAAGCAUUCCCACGAAGGACACUGUAGUUGGAAGCAACCUAGCUUUGGAGGUCAUAGCUGGCCCUUCUCAUGGAAUAAACCACUACAUGCAGUCAGGUAACAAGUCCAUGCUCCCUGUGACUCUUGGAAGGGUUCAUCCAAAUCAUUUGGUGAUAAAGGACUCGGAGGUGUCAGGAAAGCAUGCACAGAUUGACUGGAAUGCAAAUAAGCUCAAAUGGGAAAUUGUGGAUAUGGGUAGUCUAAAUGGAACCUUUUUGAAUUCCCGGUCAGUCAAUCAUCCUAAUGUUGGAUCUAGGCAUUGGGGUGAGCCUGCUGAACUUGCAGAUGGUGAUAUUGUAACACUGGGGAGCUCAUCAAAAGUAUCUGUUAAAAUUGCGCUACAAAACCAACAACCUGUCGGAGUUGGUAUAGCAUCUGAUCCAAUGAUAGCCCGUCGAACUGGAAAGAAACUUAAUAUGGAGGAUGUCAGCUGCUGCCAGUAUCCCCUCGUUGGUGUGGAAAAGUUUGGGCUAUUUGGCAUAUUUGAUGGCCACGGAGGUGAUGGUGCUGCAAUAGCUGCCAGCAGGAUUCUUCCACAGAGCAUUUCAAACAUUUUGUCUCAACAGGAAACGAAAGAAAGAGUUCUUUCAUACCAGAGUGCUUCAGAUGUUCUUAGACAUGCCUUUGCGUUGACUGAAGCUGCACUUCAUCAUCAGUAUGAGGGCUGCACAGCAACUAUCCUUCUGAUUUGGUUUGACCAGAACGAAGAUUGCUUUGCCCAAUGUGCUAAUCUUGGUGACUCAGCUUGCGUUAUGAGUGUCAACGGGGAAACAAUCGCAAUGACUGAGGAUCAUCGAGUAAUUAGUACAACAGAAAGAACCCGGAUGGCAAAUUUAGGACAUCCCCUGAAAGAUGGUGAAAGCCGUAUAUGUGGACUAAAUCUGGGAAGGAUGCUUGGGGAUAAGUUUUUAAAGGAGCAAGAUUCAAGGUUCAGCUCAGAACCAUAUGUGAGCCAGGCAGUCCGCAUGACGAAAGCAUGCUCAGCCUUUGCCCUUAUUGCUAGCGAUGGGCUAUGGGAUGUUAUCAGCACAAAUAAGGCAGUGCAGCUUGUCCUUGAGGGUAAGCAGAGGUACACCGAACAGAAAACUUCAGCAGAGAAAGUAGCACAUCAUGUGUUAAGUGAAGCUAGGAAAUUACGAACCAAGGACAACACAUCUGUAAUAUUUGUAGACUUGGGCGCUGUGAGAAGGGAUCCGUAAAUCCCCAGUUGAUUUUCUGAGUUCCAGAGAUCGUUGAACCGUUGAACACUUGAACUACCCCAUUUCUUUUGCUUCACUAGUUUUAGUUACUCUCCAUUGUCAAAGUUGAGCCAGGUGCUCCGGUGUUGCAGAGGAUGAAUGUUACAAUCCUCCUAUGCAAAUACCCAGGGAGCCCCUUGUGCGGUUAUACCUGUAAAUUGUGAGUGAAUUGGUUAAAACAAAGUGUUUAAGAACUUUACAUUCUGGAGUUCAAA